GCAGUGCAGUAUCAUUGUCCUUAUUAAAUUCGAAUAAUGAAAGAGAAAAAGUUUUUCAGGCUCCGCUGGGAUAUUGUUGUUUUCAGAUUGGUUGCGUAUUUGCUGAAUAUGAUCUGUUUAAACCUACAAUUUUAUACAAAAUUUUAUAUAUAUAAAUUUUCGUAUAACUUUUUAUUUUAAUUUCUCGAGACAGGUCUCGAUCAACUCCGAAAUGCUUAGGUUUCCGCUUAUACCCCCCUUACAGUCCAUUUAAAGACAAAAUGCUCGGUGAAGAGGAUGAGGAUGAUAUUGAAGACAAAGAGGAGGAAAUUCUGGUAGAAGAGGCUGAUGAACUCGCUAAAAGAAAGGGAAGUGUGAAGAAGGAAAAUGAAGAAAACAAGGUUAAGAAAAGACGAGGACGACAAUCUAUAGGAGAGCACCGAGCACUACAUGUUCUGAAUAUGACGAGGAAGAUGAUGGAAGGAACAGAUGUACUUUCACUUAUCUCUCAUCAAUAUACAAAGAGACUCCAUUGCAUAGAGAUGGAACGUGUUGAAAAUAUGAAAAAGGAAAAAAAGAAGGAGUUGAAAGAAGAGAGAAGAGAGGAUAAGCCGAAGAAACGAAGAAAAGAGAAGGAGGAGGAGGAGGAGGAGGAAGUAGAAAUAGAAUCCUGCACAGCCAAGACUCUUAACGACUUGAGGGAGGUGAACGAAGCAUAUCAGUUUUUUCGUAAAAAGUUUCAAAACACCGCAAUAGAAGAAGAGACAAGAGGAGGAGUUGAAACCCUGAAAGGAAAGGAUCUAAUAUCGAAAAAGUUAAACAUGUCCGGAGCAGAAAAUGAUAAAGUAGAAAAAGAAAGUAAAGUGACGAGCGAAACAGAAGAGAAAAUGGAAUUCGGAAAACUGAAAGAUCCACACACAGUAUUUCAUGUGAAUGAAGAAACAUUUGAAGACAAAGAAGCAAGUGAGGUUCAAAAACUCGAGGACGAAAGAACUCAGAGAAUAAAAAACGAAGAAAAUGAGAAAGAAGACGACAAUAAUAUUGUACAUCUUGUUCAGCAUAAACUAGAGGGGAUGGUUGUACAACAAAAGAAUUCUCGAGAAAGAAGAAUAAAAGAACGAAGCAAACUUUAUGAGUUUCAUCUGAGAAAACAAAGAAAAAAAUGAAAACAAGGAGGAAUAAAGCAGAAGAAGAAGCCAAGAAAAAUACAUACAGUGAAACCCUUAAUAAAGAAUACAUCGAAAGAAUUC